GGGAGGUCGGUUUGGGAGAAGUGAUGAGGGGGUUGUGAGUUGAGUAAUGAGAAGGUUUCUGAGGGAUUCUUGGUAUCUCUGGAGCCCUGGGUCAGGCUGCAUCUUUGAGGCUGCAGGAUCUCCCCUCACAGCCCAGCCCUCCUCUUUCUGGUGGCUCUGGUUGGAGCUUCCAGACACCCACCCAGCCUACAGCUCCUGGGAAAAGUGGAGUUGUCAGCAAGAGAGACUGAGAGUAGAAACCCAGAGGGGACAUGCCUACUGAUGUGAAUUUAUCCCAGAGGCCGCAAGUCCUGGGUCCAGAGGAGCAGGACAAAUCAUGUGAGGGAUCAGUGUCCUUCGAGGAUGUGACUGUGGACUUCAGCAGGGAGGAGUGGCAGCAACUGGACCGUGCCCAGAGACACCUGUACCAGGAUGUGAUGCUGGAGAUCUAUAGCCACCUCUUCUCAGUGGGGUGUCACAUUCCCAACCCAGAGGUCAUCUUAAGGAUGGAAAAAGGAAAGAAGCCAUGGAUGGGAGAGGCUGAACUCCCACAUCAGAGGGAUCAAGAAGGGGAAUUUGGGCUUGAAACCCCACAACAGAAAAUUUCUGAGAAAGCUUCAUUUCAAAAUGAUAUGGUGGGUGAAGUCACAAGAGAUGGUUCAUGGUGUUCCAUUUUAGAAGAACUUUGGCAGUAUGCUGACCAUGCAGAAAGAGAUCAACAAAAUCAAAGUAAAUUUUCACAUCAUGGUGCUUUCCUCAAUAAGAAAACAUUGAAUACAGAGUGCACUUGUGAAUAUAAGGACCCUGAAAAAAUCAGUAAUGUGAGGCCCCACCUUGUUUCAUUACAAAAAAGAACUCAUAAAUGUUGCUCAUUUACAAAAAGUGUGAAGUCUAAACUAGAAGUCAGUGGUCAAAAUCAAAGCAAUGCCACAAAACAGCUUGAUGACAUCAUUGAAUCUGGUCAGGUAUUCACCCAUAGCUCUUCUAAUGCUUGCAGUAAGAAUAUUCAUACAGGAGAGAAAUUAUGCAAAGGUAAUCAAUGUAGAAAAGUCUGUGACCAUAAACAAUCACUCAUACAACAUCAAAUUCAUACUCAGGAGAAACUGGAAGAAUGUACUGAAUGUGGGAGGAACUUUACCCUGAAACCACACAUCCUUACCCAACAGAGAAUUCAUAGCUUAGAAAACCUCCAUGAAUGCAGCAAAUGUAAAAAUGCCUUCACCCCACAACCAAAACUCAGUGUAUAUCUGACAGAUCAUACAGAUAACAUACCCUAUAUAUGUAAGGAAUGUGGGAAGGUCUUUAUUCAGAGGUCAGAAUUGAUUACUCACCAGAAAGCUCACUCUAGAAAGAAGCCCUAUAAAUGCCAUGAAUGUGGGAAAGCCUUUUUCCAGAUGUUAUCUCUCUUCAGGCAUCAGCGAACUCACAGUAAAGAAAAACUCUAUGAAUGUGGUGAAUGUGGCAAAGGCUUCUCCCAGAACUCAACCCUCAUAAUACAUCAGAAAAUCCAUACUGGUGAGAGACAGUAUGCAUGCAGUGAAUGUGGAAAGGCCUUCACUCAGAAGUCAACACUCAGCUUGCACCAGAGAAUCCAUUCAGGGCAGAAGUCCUAUGUAUGCAUUGAAUGUGGGCAGGCCUUCAUCCAGAAGGCACACUUGAUUGUACAUCAAAGAAGUCACACUGGAGAAAAACCUUAUCAGUGCUGCAACUGUGGGAAAUCCUUCAUUUCCAAGUCACAACUUGAUAUACAUCAUCGAAUUCACACAGGGGAAAAACCUUAUGAAUGUAGUGACUGUGGAAAAGCCUUCACCCAAAAGUCACACCUCAAUAUACACCAGAAAAUUCAUACUGGAGAAAGACACCACAUAUGCAGUGAAUGUGGGAAAGCCUUCAACCAGAAGUCAAUCCUCAGCAUGCAUCAGAGAAUUCACACAGGAGAGAAGCCUUACAAAUGCAGUGACUGUGGGAAAGCCUUCACUUCUAAGUCCCAAUUCAAAGAGCAUCAGCGAAUUCACACAGGAGAGAAACCCUAUGUAUGUACUGAGUGUGGGAAGGCCUUCAACGGCAGGUCAAAUUUCCAUAAACAUCAAAUAACUCACACUAGAGAGAGACCUUUUGUCUGUUACAAAUGUGGGAAAGCCUUUAUCCAGAAAUCAGAGUUGAUUGCCCAUCAAAGAACUCACAUUGGAGAGAAACCUUAUGAAUGCCAUGACUGUGGAAAAUCGUUCAGUAAGAAACCACAACUCAAAGUACAUCAGCGAAUUCACACAGGAGAGAGACCUUAUGUGUGUUCUGAAUGUGGGAAGGCCUUCAACAACAGGUCAAAUUUUAAUAAACACCAAACAACUCAUACCAGAGACAAAUCUUACAAAUGCAGUUAUUCUGUGAAAGGCUUUACCAAGAAAUCAGUUCCUAGUGCAGCCACAUAUUCAUAAAUGAAACAGACUCCCUGAGUUUCUUAAAGAAGAGAAGAUCUUCUCAUAAGAGUCAGAUCUAAUUGUACGUCAUAGAAUUCAUGCUUCAAAAAACCUGUAGGAAUGCAUUGCACAUGUAAACACAUCACUACAUCACACUGUUUUACGUGUGGGAAGUUACUCAUAAAGAACUUUAAACAGAAAUGUCCAUAUUUCUAUCAGUCUCAUUAGGAAUCAUAAAUUUCGUCCUGAGAAGAAACCCUGACUAAUGCAUUGAGAAAAGCUUUUCUACAGAAAAUGGUACAAGGCAUUAUUACCAGAUUAUUUAUGGGAAAGAUAGUGGUGAGUUAUGUCAUUGAUAACCCUGUUUAUUGUGGGAUUUCAAUAUUUCCAAAAGUGCCAGCAAAGUGAAUGAUAGUACAGUACUAUAUAUGAAUGUGUGUGUGUGUGUGUGUGUGUGUGUGUGUGUGUACAUAGGUAUGUAUAU